UGUGAUAUUCGCGCGUAUUUCGAGAAGAUAACGUGACGUUUUAUCGCCAGGUAUUACCUUGCUCCAUUUAUUAACAGAAGUCUUUUAUCUAUUUACUUAUCGUCAGUGCAUAGGAGCAACGUGAAAAUCGCGCGAUGUGAACAUUGAUUAACAAUGAUUUCCCAUUAUUCUAAAUAAUGUCACUUUAUUAAUAUAAAAUUAUUUAUUUAAAAUUUCCAAUUUAUACGAUUUUUUUAUAAUUAUACAAAAGUAGUUAAAAAGAUUUUAAAGAUCUUCUUACGAAUUGCGAGAGUGAAUUGCUGAAGAAUGAGCUCUUCAGUGAUGAGGCUUUGCUCUCUGAGCUGGACGAACCAAUGCCGGUGGAUGGAGACACGUUUGACUUCUUGAAUCUCAAUAAUGAUGAGUUUAAGGAUUUCAAGGACUUCAAGAAUCAGACGAUCCUCGAACCACCGAACAAUGCAAAUGUUAUGGUGACGCAGCAAACGACAACGGAUGCCAGUCAGCCUGUCUAUGUGCAGCAGGACAUCACAUCGGUGCAACAACAACAAAACAACAGACCGCAGAGAAUAAUCGCUUCGGCGAAGCCUACGGUGUUCAGUUCGCAGUACGCGAUACCGCAGAAUGUGAAUUUCAACGUGCAGUCGCCGAACGUCGUAACUCUGGCGCCGGUCACUCAACAGCGGCAACUGCUUCUACCAGCCAAAUUGAUCAAGUCAGAGUCUCUUGUGUAUUCAAAGGGUGGACAGACCAUCACAACGACUCCUGUCCCACAUCAGAUACACACUCUCGUGAAUACCACGAGUGGGACAGUAUUGACCACUGGGAUUCCUGUGGUGCUGGACACUGACAAGGUGCAAAUUAAUCGUCUAAACACUACCACGCACGUGGGUGUACCGAGAGUGAGGGAGGUGAAACGCAGUGCUCACAACGCUAUCGAGCGUCGUUACAGAACGUCAAUCAACGAUAAGAUAAUUGAACUGAAGAACAUUAUAGUCGGGAUUGAUGCCAAGUUGAACAAGUCGGCAAUUUUACGAAAAACAAUCGACUACAUCAAGUAUUUGCAGAACUCUAAUGCGAAAUUGAAGGCUGAGAAUUUGGCACUGAAAAUAGCGCAACGGCAAAAUGUUCGCGAUACGUUUAUCGGAGAGCUGACGCCUCCGCGUUCCGAUUCGAGUGAACCAUCUUUGUCGCCCGGACCUGCGCCGUUGUCACCACCAUCUCCGUCGUCGGUUAAGGACGACUCAGAUGUGAUGCACAGUCUGCACCCCAUGUCCACUUCGUCCAACGGAGGCAUGAGAGAUCAUACUCGGCUGACGUUGUGCGGAUUCAUGCUAUUGUUUUUAGCAUUCAAUCCUCUUGGUAUCCUCGUGAACAACAUCGGAAGAUUCAAUUACGAUUACGUGAAUACGAAACUAGACGGACGUACGAUACUUAAUUAUCAAGAUCAGCUAGAAUCGGACAAGCAACUAUGGAGCAACGUCAUUCUCUGGUUUACCAAUCUGAUACUCUUGGCGGUCGGUCUCUGUAAACUAUUACUAUAUGGCGACCCAGUUUUGCCUACCGACAGCAAGGCUUUUCUCGAAGUACGUCGCUGGAUACGACAGGCCGAAUUCAAUAUAUCCAAGCACGAGUGCAAUCAGGCGUAUCGAGACUUACACCAGUGCCUGCAAUACUUCGGCCGGUCUUUCCCGUUAUCACGCACGGAGACAUUUCUCGCUACCACAUGGCAAAUAGUACGGCAGACUCUUCACAAGUUAUGGCUGGGCAGAUGGGUCAUGCAGAUCAGCAAGUGGCUGUCGGAGAAAUCGGAACGGCAGCAGGCGGAGACGUGCGCUGUGGAGAUCGCUAUCGUUUAUCAGCACAUGCUCUGCCUCCGUAUGUCCGAGGGAACGAAGGACUCGAUCCUGUAUCUCGCCCUUUGCGCUGUCAAUUACGCGGAGGCUGCCGGCGAGAGUGUGCCGAAGCCACUUCUGGCGGAGAUCUAUGUGAACGUCGCUCUCUGCCUGAAACAAUCCUUCUUCCCGUACAUACACAAAUAUUAUCUAGGCAAGGCGCGCGUCUUGUUGUCCUCCUGUGCCGUACCCCCGAAAUUAAAGUGGAUCAUGACCGACGAGGGCGCGAGAUUCUUGGCGUCGCAGAAGUGGCAGUACAAGAAGCAAUCCGACAGCGAAUUCACGUCGCAGAGCAGCCGGGCAGAUCCGUUGUCAUACGCGGCUCGUGCUUACAGGGAUCAUCUGAUCGAGCAGUGUUUGCGUUUAUUAACCGGCACCAUCGGAGAAUGUCAUGCAUCAUCCGUACUCGAAUUGGGACGGAUAAUCAUGGCCUCCGCAGAAGUGGAAACCUGUUUCCCAUGUGCUGACAAAAUCAACGCAGCAACAUGCGAAGAUGAGAUUGGAUUAUGGUGGGGCGCGGUAAUUUGCGCUGCCGCGAGUUGGAGAUUGGGGGAAGAGGAUUCGAAGGCAUGGAGCAUUGUGGAGAGUAAAUUUCCGUACGAGAGAAACUUCCAAAUUAGCAACAACAGUAGCAGCAGCCCGUUACCCCACGCCGUGCUCAAUGUUCUACAAGUGGCAAAACAUCCUACAAAGAUAGUUUCCAUGCGUUUUAUCGAUCAGGCGGGACUGCUGCUUGAACAGUCCAUGGUUUACUACCAUUGCAAAGAGAAAUCGUCGCAACAAAUUUUGCUUACCCAAUUAUUGGUUUGCGACUGGCUUCUCGAAUUACGCACGAUUCUUUGGCAAGAGAUGGACGCGGAACCAGAAAGAUCGAUCGUGAGCGCAUCCCUUGCUGGGUUCCAACGUGAUUUGGCGUGCUUGAGACAGUUGUGUCAGCACAUCCCGGUAAGCUCUGUAUUGGCGCGAGUGUUCCUAUACGAAGCUACGGCGCGCAUUAUGGCCGGGGCAACGCCGGUGAAGACUCAGAUUUUACUGGAUCGAAGUCUGCAUCACAGAAAUUCGCGCUCUUCGAUCAUAUGCGGAAAGGAUCGAUCACAGGAGCAGAACAACAGCGAGAGAGAACACGCGGUCGCAUUAUGUCUGGCGUGCAGACAUCUACCAACGUUGUUGUUAGCCUCGCCAGGUGAACGCGCCGGCAUGCUCGCGGAGGCUGCCAAAACGCUCGAAAGAAUAGGGGAUAGGAAACGUCUUCAGGAAUGCUACAAACUGAUGCGGCAACUAGGUUCCGCAAUCACUGUUAAUUAACGCGAUGAUUUGACAUAUUUUUACAUCUAUUGUAUAUAAGAUGUCAUUAAUCCUUUCGUACGUAACAACGAAGAAACACUCUGUAUGACUGGAACAAAAAUAGUUUUUCUUUCAGUGCAUAUAUGUAUCAACAGAGGCUAUACGAUAAACUUUUUUCUCUGAGUUUAUACAUGUGUCAAUAGUACUCAAAGGAUUCAACUAUACAUACUUAAAGUUACACGAAUUCACAUAAAAGUCGGAUUUAGACGCAACUUUUAGCCCGACUGUACAUUGGGAUCAUAUUUUCCGCUAAACCUGACUUCUGUUAAUUAAAUUUUUUCUUUCCCAUCAUAUAUUUGUAGUAUUGUUCCUGAGACAGAGUGUUACUUUAGUUAUUUGCUUCUAGCGGUUCGACAAGAAUAGCAAGGAAGGGAUUAUGGAAACGAAAGGAAUAAUCGACACAAUUAGAUUAAAAGUUGCAUCUAAAUCCGACAAUUGUACUCAUUGUAUAUAGGGCAUUUAACUUACAGAAGACAAAACAUAUAUAUUAUAUCUUAUAUAUUGUGUACUUUUAUUUUGUAAUUAUUUUCUCGUAUUAUUACGAGAUUGUUUUCUUUUUCUUUUUUUUUAAUAUUAAUUUUAUGCAGGAGAGUAUCUUGUUUAUAAACUAGAGUUAGCAGCAUAGCAUUCGUGGUAAGACGUUGACUAUAUUUACAGACUAAUUUAAUUAUCUAUAUAUAUUGCUAUAGACAUUUACUUUAUAUAAAUAAGUAUAAUUUAUAUAUAUUUUUAUAGUAAUAAAUGACAUAUAGAAAUAUAGAAAUUAAUGGACUUCAUGAAUAUAGUGAUGUUAUAAGAAUUUCAGGGUAAUAAUUAGUACUUUUUCAUCUAAAACUCAAACUUCACAUA